AGUAGAAAAUUUAACAGUGUCAUAUUUUUUUAAAUUAUCUCAAAUAAAUAUUAAAUUAUUUUUUAUAUUAUUCUCUACUUAUUUAUCUUUAUGAUUGUGGAUAAUUUUAAAUAAUCAUGGAACAACCACGAGUGGUUUGUAUGGGAGAUUUUGCACUAUUAAGAGACACUAUAUCUCGAAAAAAAACGACCUUCUUCUGGGUUCUUGUUGGAAUGAUUGAUUCCAUUUUACGAGGAACUAGUCAAGUAAUAUUAGCUAAUAAUACUAUCAGUGGGGUUCUAAUAUUAAUCGCUUUAGCUUCUACAUCCCCUGGAAUUUUUAUUUCCGGUUUUCUUGCUGGAUUCACGGGUUUAAUAGUUUCUAUGUUAAUUCAAGAUCCACUGACAGAUAUCGAAAAUGGGUUGACAGUUUAUAAUCCUAUGCUCAUUGGAUGCAUAACUUAUUCACUUUCAUUUAAUAUUUAUGGAUCAUUAGACUCUUUUUUAAUACUUCUCACAUUAAUUGCAGUAAUAUUGAGUGUUUAUUUGACUCGAGCACUAUCAAAUGAGAGAUUUCCUUGUGUAACUAUUCCGUUUAAUAUUGUAGAAUUGAUUCUAAUUUUUGUUUUAGUCAUACAGAAAAAUUUAACAGAAGAAAAUUUAUUGAAUGAAAAUAUUGAUGAUGUGAAUAUAACAACAGUGAACAUCUUAAAAAUAAAUGAUAAUGAAACAUUAGAAAAAAAUGAUACUCCUCAUCUUGAUUGGGGAAUGGUUUUUCGGGGAAUCGUUACUUCAUCAUCACAAGUAUUUGCUGUCAAUGAUGUCGCAGCUGGAUCUAUUAUAUACCUUGCUAUUUUAAUUUAUUCUCCUAUUACUGCUGUUUUUUCAUUACUUGGAGCAGUCAUUGGUUGUUUCGCAAGUCUCGGGUUAGACGUUCCGUAUGAUUCAAUUUAUUCUGGUGCGUGGGGAUAUAACAGUCUUUUAUCGAGCUCAGCAUUUGGUGGAUUAUUUAUAAUUUUUAAUCAACAAUCUGUUCCUCUAGCUUUUGCUACUUCAAUUUUUGCUGUUUUAUUACAGUACAUACUUCAGCCAAUUUUUCUCAAAGCACAACUUCCAAUAUUAACGGUCCCAUUUGUGAUAACAUUUACUCUUUUUUUGGGGCUUCGAGAAUCAUCAGACGUAUUUAAUAAACCACAAGUAAUAACUUUCCCAGAAGAACAUCGAUUAAAUUAUCUAACGAGUCAACGAAGUCAAGAUUCAACUGCAGAAUGAUGAUAAUAAUUAGUAUUCUUAAAUAUUACGUUGCAUUAAAUAAAUAAAUAUUAAUUUUUUUGAAGAACAGAAUUAUAUAGUUUUCACGAAAAAACUGUUUUAUUAAUUUUCAAUUAUCUAAUUUUAAUUAUAAUUAAAGAUUGUAUUUAAUACUAAACACACUGUCGAAACUUUGUUAACUUGUGUAAAUAAAGAA